GGCUGAGCCGCUCGCGUCGUUUCAUCAGGCUGCCUCCCACCUGAAGGCCGCGGUGCCCGAGGUCUGCAUCCUGAGCCCCGGGCCCGGCCAGGCGGCUGACGACGGGUGCGGACGCUUCCCCGGCGAGCCUGGGAGCCACACAAGUCGGCAGAGGGCGGCGAAGCGCCGGAGCCGCAGUCAUCCGCUAGGGCGUCCGGAGGCCCCGUCCGGGGAUCUAGGAAAACCUGCGGUCCAUCAUGAAGUUCCAGUAUAAGGAGGACCAUCCCUUUGAGUAUCGGAAAAAGGAAGGAGAAAAGAUCCGGAAGAAAUAUCCAGACAGAGUCCCUGUGAUCGUGGAGAAGGCGCCUAAAGCCAGGGUGCCGGAUCUGGACAAGAGGAAGUACCUUGUGCCCUCUGACCUCACAGUCGGGCAGUUCUACUUCUUAAUCCGGAAGAGAAUCCACCUGCGACCUGAGGACGCCUUAUUCUUCUUUGUCAACAACACCAUCCCUCCCACCAGUGCCAGCAUGGGCCAGCUGUAUGAGGACAACCAUGAAGAAGACUAUUUUCUGUACGUGGCCUACAGCGAUGAGAGCGUCUAUGGGAAAUGAGUGUGGGAAGCGCAGCCGAUGGGAGCGCCUGGACUUGGGGGACGGGGAGGGCUGCGUGCGG